AUUCUGUUUCAGAUAUUUAAUUGUUAUUAUGAGUUUUUUUAGAAUUAAUAGAUUUAAUUUUAAUUAAGAUGGAAAUUGUAAUCGAUUUAAAAAACGAGGAAGAACUGUGAUGAAAAGCAUUUGGAAUAUGGAUACAAAUGAGAAGAUCGUCAUCGGAGUAGACGAAUUUGGUACUCCUUGGACAAAAGAAGCUGCUGCCCUUACUUCCUUUCUAGGAGUUAUUGCAAAAAAUGGACAACUUGCACCCAUAUCCAUAAGAAAAUGGAAUGAUAAAGCAUUUUCUACAUUUAAAAAGAAGAUGUUGGACAUUGUCAAGCAAAGGUUUUCAUAUCCUUCGAGUCAGGCAACCGAUGAUUGGAUUUUAAAGUCAUUGAACAAAAAAUGGAGAGAUUAUAAAGGUGACUUGAAGCAAGAAAAUUAUGAUCUAUCAAAGACAAAGGAUGAAAUCAUAGAAAAUGCACCUGAGGGUGUUAUGGAAGAUCAAUGGGCAACCCUUGUAAAUUCAUGGUUCACUGAGAAGAGUCAGAAGUUAAGUGAGAUUAACAUAGCAAAUGCAAAGAAGAAGAAAAAUGCACAUACUUGUGGAAGAAAAAUCUUUGUAAGGAAAAAAUUUGAAAUGGAAAAAACCCGUGCUCUAAUAAGUGAAAGAAGUCAAGAUGCUUCAAUUGAUUCAUCUGAAUUGAAUGAACAAGUUUUUCAAGAAGUUAUGGGAGAAGAACACAAUGGUAGGGUGAGAGGUGUUGGACUUGGUCCUACUCCAACUAGUUAUUAUGGUAGAAAGAGAGCAAGAAAUGAAUCUUUGGAUUUUAUUCAAUCCAAAAAAAUUGAAUUUCUUGAGAAGCAAUUGGAAGAAGUGACUAAAAAUUAUGACACAGUAACAACAACUUUAAAUGGUUUGAAAGCAUGGAUUUCCAAGACAUUUCCUAGUGCUCUAGAGGAAAUUAAUGAGGAAGCAAUUAAUCAAGAUCAUUGUUCUCCAAACAAUAUUUCAUCACACUCAAGUCAUAACCCAGGUCAUAACCCAGGAGAUGAUAUCUAG